CAGGUUGUGUACUUGCGGGAUGUGCAGCAGUGGACGAAGGUCCUCCUGAGCCACUCCGUUCUGGCAAUCGGCAAAGGCGUCUUUGGCGUGGUCACCAUUAUGCCUGAUAGCAUUGGAUGGGCGAACUGCAAGGCACGUCUGGGCCCGUCUGGCGUGGACUUCUUCAAGAAUCGG